UUCAGCCUAUGCAUUUCUUCAUUACAGAUGAAGCUGUUUGUACUUCUGUUGAUAUUCACCUGUGUUGCCUUGCAACAGUCUGACGCUCUCAGGUGGGGAGGUCGAUGGAAACGCUGGUUUAGACGUCCAUUCCCACGUCCCUUUCCAGGUCCAAUCGGAAUUCGACCAUUCCCAGGUCCCAUUGGAAUCUUACCCAUGAACAAAGGUAGAGAUGUUGCGACCGAACCUGAGACCGAUGAGGAUGAAUCACUGGACGAUACAGAGUUAGAGAAAUUAUUCAGUGAGCGAGACAUUCAAGAUUUAAUUGAGAAUUUAGAGUUGGACGACGAUGACCUCCGCUCUCUUGAAGAAUUGAAUGACGAGCAGUGAUCAAUUAACCAGGUUGUGCCAUUGUGGAAGAGAAUGAUGUUAAAAUUCCCAAACUGUCAACAGUGCAGAAUAAAACACAUCUGAAUAAAA